UUUAAUGAUUUUUACAAAAUCAGUCCCUGUUAUAGUAGAGAAUAGUCCUAGAAAGAAAAAUCAACAUAAACAACCUAAAAAUUUCAACAAAAAUUCUGUCAGGCGGAGAGAAAGCAGUCGAAAUAAUUUCUCCAACCAUCACCCAUCCUUCCAUUCAACGCCUUCAGCCAUGAGUACAACAACCUUAAUAGAUGAAGAACAGCAACAACGUCAACAAGUCCGUUCUGCACUUUUACGCCACUGGACUUGGUUAGACCGUGCCAGACUGCAUACUUUCCAUUUUUGGCUAUUUGUUUAUUCUUUGGCACAAAUUUUUUUAUUUCACUAUUUAUGCCACCGUGUUUGGUCCUUUAUUUAUGUUUUCUUUUGUGCGAUAUUCCCAGCUUUAGUUUUGGCUUCUAUUGUGUUGAUACGUUAUGGACGGUUGGAAUUUUCUAGGAAAAGACUACGGUGGUUUUCUUUGGUUGGUUUUUGA